GCGUCAUCUCACUUUUGUUGAUAAGUCGAUGCUCAUAAAAGAGUUUAUUGAGAGUUCGGAUUUUGUAUCGCUUGUUCUUCGUCCUCGCCGAUUCGGCAAGUCAACAAAUCUAUCCAUGCUACACCGUUUCUUUGAAAUAUUACAGUCUCAAGAUGAAAAAAUAAUCCGUAGAAAGCUUUUUGAAAAAUUAAAAAUUUCAGCUGAAAUAGAAAUUAUGGAAAAACAUUUUGCUCAGUACCCUGAUUUAACAUCUGAAACAUGGAAUGAAAUGAUAACACAACUAAGAGUACUUAUAGCUGUAAUUUACAGAAAACAUCGUUUUCUUAUUAACCAUUUAUAUCCCGAUACACAAAAAAGAUACCAACGAAUUCUUGAUAGAGAUCAAACUUAUUCUGUAUCAGAAUUGAAAUUUGCAUUCCAGGAACUCUCCGAAUAUCUGCGAAAUCAUUAUAAAAAAAAAUGUAUUGCACUAAUUGAUGAAUAUGAUUCCCCAAUGGAAUAUGCCUAUAAUAAAGGAUAUUAUGAAAUUGCAAGUGAUUUUUUUAAAGUCAUGUUCUCAUCAUUAUUAAAGAGCAAUGAUGAAAAUAUUGCGAAGGCAAUGUUGGUCGGUGUAUUGCGGAUCGCAAAAUCAGGGGUUUUAUCAGGGUUAAAUAAUAUCAUAGUUUACCCUUUGCAUCAAGAAAGUCAAUUCCCUCUUUAUGUAGAUAAGUUUGGAUUCACAUCUGAUGAGGUAGAACUAUUACUGCCAAUGCGUGGAGACUUAAAAACUAAUGAUGUUCGGAAAUGGUAUGACGGGUAUAUCUCAGGAGACAAUAUACAUUUAUAUAAUCCGUGGUCUAUUGUUUGUUUUCUUUCACGAGGUACCUUAAAUACUUAUUGGGUUGAUACAGGAAGCACUCAAACGUUGAAAAAGUGUAUAUGGAAAUCAAGCACUUCAUUUAAGGAAACUGUCGAGAAGUUGUUGAAAGGGGAAUAUAUAGCUGGUGUUGAGAUUCAAGAUGAUCUUCAAUAUUUAUAUUUGGAUCAAUAUCAAGAUUCGGUUAUUUGGACACUUUUGUACUAUGCAGGAUAUCUCACUAUGAAUUCUGAGAAACAUCUUGUUAUUCCAAAUAUUGAGAUUCAUUUAGAGUGGCAUAAAUGGGUGAUCAAUGUACCGUUUUUUACUCGAGGGCAAACCGUCACAUCAAUGUUAGAUAAUCUUCUGCUUGGAAAUCUUGAUUUAUUUAAAAAAGAAUUUGAAUAUAUAGUUAUAGAUACGCUUUCGUUUUAUGAUGUUGGGAGGUCUCAAUCCGGAAAAAAUGCAGAAAAUGUUUAUCAUGCCUUUUGCUUGGGAAUGUUUGUUGUUGCUCGUGAUCGAGGCUAUAUUGUUCAUUCUAAUCGUGAGGCUGGUAUGGGAAGAUAUGAUGUAAAAAUAGUUCCAAAAUCGGGUGUUGGUGAGAUAGCUAUAAUUAUUGAAUUUAAAAUUGUUCAUGAUAAUAAAAGUUUAAGCGAUGUGGCUCACGAAGGAUUAUGUCAAAUUGAAAAGAAGCAGUAUCGAGCAGGUCUACAAGACGAAGUAAAAAAACUUCUGGAAAUAGGAAUUGCGUUCGAGGGGAAAAAGGCUUGUGUAGUAGGGCAUUUAUUACAUAGAACUGAGGGUAGAGAAUGGAUCAAAUCUUUACAAUGA